CCCAUGAAACAUCAGCAAACAUUUUGACGGGUCUGGCUUUUCUCCUGCUGGAUUACUGGUCCCCCAGACUCUCAGAUCAGGAAAGCAUUGCUUUUUUUUUGAGCUUGUACACUGUUGAUGGGAAGAGCAUGCAUUGUGGGUUAUUGGAAGAACCUGACAUGGAUUCUACAGAGAGCUGGAUUGAGAGAUGUCUCAGCGAAAGCGAAAGUAAACGAUACUCAAGUCACACAUCACUGGGCAAUAUGUCUAAUGAUGAAAAUGAGGAAAAAGAAAACAACAGAGCUUCCAAACCACACUCAACACCAGCUACUUUACAAUGGCUGGAAGAAAAUUAUGAAAUUGCAGAGGGGGUAUGUAUCCCACGAAGUGCUUUGUACAUGCAUUACCUGGACUUCUGCGAGAAGAAUGACACACAGCCUGUCAAUGCUGCAAGCUUUGGAAAGAUAAUUAGACAGCAGUUUCCACAGUUAACUACAAGAAGACUAGGCACAAGAGGCCAGUCAAAGUACCAUUACUAUGGAAUUGCAGUGAAGGAGAGCUCCCAGUAUUACGAUGUGAUGUACUCCAAGAAAGGGGCGGCCUGGGUAAACGAGACAGGAAAGAAGGAGGUCACCAAGCAGACAGUGGCAUAUUCACCACGCUCCAAACUGGGGACGCUACUGCCAGAGUUUCCAAAUGUCAAAGAUCUAAAUCUGCCAGUGAGUCUGCCAGAGGAGAAGGUUUCUACGUUUAUUAUGAUGUACAGAACUCAUUGUCAGAGGAUUCUGGAUACAGUAAUAAGAGCAAAUUUCGAUGAGGUACAAAGUUUUCUUUUGCACUUUUGGCAAGGCAUGCCACCUCACAUGCUUCCAGUUCUUGGUUCCUCUACAGUCGUCAGUAUAGUUGGUGUUUGUGAUUCUAUACUCUACAAAGCGAUUUCCGGAGUCCUCAUGCCAACCGUCUUGCAGGCAUUACCAGACAGCUUGACUCAGGUGAUACGGAAGUUUGCCAGGCAGCUGGAUGAGUGGUUAAAGAUGGCUCUGCAUGAUCUUCCAGAAAACUUACGAAACAUCAAGUUUGAAUUGUCAAGAAGAUUUUCUCAAAUUCUUAGAAGGCAAACAUCUUUAAACCACCUCUGCCAGGCCUCCAGAACAGUAAUCCAUAGUGCGGACAUAACAUUCCAAAUGUUGGAGGACUGGAGAAAUGUGGAUCUGAAUAGCAUUACCAAGCAGACUCUGUAUACAAUGGAGGAUUCAAGGGAGGAACACAGAAAACUUAUUAUACAAUUGUAUCAGGAAUUUGACCAUCUUUUGGAAGAGCAGUCACCCAUUGAAUCCUACAUAGAAUGGUUGGAUUCCAUGGUGGACAGCUGCGUUGUCAAGGUAUCUGGAAAAAUACCUGGCUCCCUAAAGAAAGUUGCCCAGCAGUUCCUUUUAAUGUGGUCCUGCUUUGGAACAAGAGUCAUCAGGGAUAUGACUUUGCACAGCGCUCCUAGCUUUGGUUCCUUUCACCUUAUCCACUUAAUGUUCGAUGACUAUGUUCUUUAUGUGUUGGAGUCUCUCCAUUGUCAGGAAAGAGCGAACGAACUUAUGAGAGCGAUGAAGGCAGAAGGAAGCACAGCAGACACAGGGGAAGAAAUAAUGUUAACAGAACCAACCCCUCCUUCUCCUUCACCGGGACCCUACUCUCCUGCUAAAUCUGUCACAUCUGCAGAAAUCACCUCGGCUCCAUCUCCUGGGAACAGUCACUCCCCAGAAUAUACAAUCGUGACAACUACAUCAGUAGGUGCUGUUCAAUCAUAUACAUGGUCCCUUACGUAUACAGUGACAACAGCAGGAAAUAACCCAUCUGAUGCCGGCCAGCAGCUACCCUGUAUGAGAAGCAGUCAGUUACCUCCAUCUUCUAGCACACACAGGAUGCCAGUCUACCCACACAGGGAAGAACACGGGUAUACAGGUGGAUACAACUAUGGAAGCUACAGCAACCAGCACCACCAUCCAAUCCAGAGCCAGUACGCAGCUCUUCCACAUGAACCUGGCAUCACAGCACCUCUGCACUACCCAGCAUACCACAGGAGCACCUCACAGUACCCCCUCAAUAGUCAGAUGACUCGGAUGGAGCCUUGCCUAAUGAGUGGUACCGCAAGACUGCACCCCACACCUGUGACCCCACGGUGGCCUGACGUCCCAUCAGCAAACAACUGCUACACCAGCCCGCCAAUGCACUCCUCUAGAUAUGUCAACGCCAGUGAUAUGUACACGCCCCUGGCACCCCGCAGGAACUCUGAAUACGAACAUGUGCAACACUUCCCGGGCUUUGCUUACAUAAAUGGGGAGGCCACGACAGGAUGGGCAAAAUAAACCUUUCUUGAUAUGGACUUCAGUGCACACCUGCUCAUUCUAGAACACUCCCAUUAAAUGACAAUGGAUGUGGAGGACAUACAAACUAUAUUUUAUAAAGGACUGUCCAUAUAAUGCCUGCUGGAACCUCUAAUAUUGUUGUAUUCUGGAUAUCCUCUGGAACUUUUUGAAGACCAGCAUUUGUCAUUAAUCUGACCUUGAUCACGGAAAAACAAAUGAAUGCAAAUGUAUAACUAAAUAGCAAAUCUCUGCCAUGGACCAGUACAGAAAACUUCACCAUUCACUGUUUAAACCACUUAACCCUUCGAACAGCAAACAUAGGGCUACACGGAAGGUGAGAAAUGGUGAAAAGGCACCCCACAGACAUAAACGUGGUUAACUUAUAAUUUAAAGCAAGAAAACACAAAACUGGUUUAUAUUAUUAUUUAAUAAUUUCUUCAUUAAAUAAAUGUUGUUUUGGAAUGCUAAGCAUAUAUUUUAUUUAUUUAUUUUUGAAAAACAAAUUGUGCUAUCAACAGUCAAUGUCUUUAAAAUUUCACAAACACAGAUAUAAACUACAAAAAUUGUAUUGUACAUGGAAACUCAACAUGUACCAAAUCUACUAAAUAUCCAAACAAACAAUUUGUUAACAAAUACCUGUGCUUCAAUAUGAAGUUGCAGCUUUGGUCUUUUUAGCAAAAAAAACCCCAAAAUAACCAAAAAACACUUGGAUAAAUAACAAGAAAGGCUCCAACCCUCGAAGAAUAAUAAUAAAAAAAGAAUUCCAAUUCAAGUAGCGCCCUUAUCAAAGUUCUGUAGAUGGGGGCAUAUUUACUCCAAAAGCCCUGUCGUUUCUAUCAGUCGUCAGUGGUAUUGCCUUUUUUUGCAACUCAUGGAAUAAAAUCAUAUUUUGUAAUAUUACACUGUAGCAGGUAAUCAGCAGGAUACUGUAAAUAAUGCAGUGAUAAAAUAUACUGCUAGAAAUUCAUAUAUUAUACACACAUAGUUUCAUGACAAUGGCUAUUUGCUAGAAAACAAAAUAUGUGGGACUAAAUCAGUAAUUUUAGUGAUACAUCUUUAUACAUCUCCCCAGCACCCCUACAACUCUGAACAAUUUACUAUGCCAGUAAGCAGGAGCUGUGAUUGUGAUUGUUGAUUUUUUGGAACCAGCAGAAGACAGAAAGGGGGUGCAAAUGCUCCCCAAACAUUGACCAUGUGCACUUUGAUGAAGCAUUACUCCAGUUUCCUGAGAUGCACAAAGAUGAGCUUGGUAUCAAAAUGGUAAUCGAUUAACGUUUAAUCACUUCAGACAUGAGAUAUGUUCAUUUUAAACACGCUGAGGUGCAUUUUUCAACCCUUGCCUCUGACAAAGGGUUAACUGCUCUUACCUGAUGUGUUAUUGGAAUGUCCCCUGGGAUCUAAACAUAAUUUUCUAAGUAAAGCAUGGAUUAUGUUGAGGUCCCUUUUCAUCAACAAUGAUGACACUUUUACCAUUGUAGAGCACUAAAUCUGGGCCAAAGUAUGCCUUUUCAUUGACUAAGCAUUGCAAGAGCCAAUACUGAAUUUUGUACCUAUUCAAAAUGUGCCAUGUCCUUACACUCUUAAGGAGAAAACUUUACUCAAGGAAUACCCAGUUUACACCUAAUUGAAUCACAAGAGCCAAGUUUACAAGAAGAAGCGGUGGAAUAUUUGGCCUUGCUGUUGCUAGCAAUGAACACAUUAGUGUUUAUCCACACAAAGCCAGUAUUUGCUUUCUUCACUGCCACCUGUUGUCUGCACAAGUGGGGGGCUUUGGCUUACAUCUAACUUGCUGUGCAUAUCACUGCACCUUUUGUUGCUGUUUUGUUUUUAUUUUUGUAUCUCUCCCAUCAAGAAUCUGAGAAAGUGUGUCUCUUACAAGGAUUGAGUACUGCCUUAAUACUUAUCUCAGACCUUCUUGAACUUUGUACAAUCCACUAUGUGACAGUGCUGAGCCAAUCAUAUUUGUCUCAAGGGGAAAAGGGAUUUGUUUAUGGGCAAAAAGACUAAUCUUGAAGAGGUCUGGUCUUAAUACUUUAUAGAAGGUUAUAUACUCAAACUGACACUGGGCACCUAAAUCUUAUUAUAAUGACAGUAUUGUA